AUGGCGGAAACGUUUGUAGUAAGAGAUGAAUUUACUGUCGAACACAGUUCCAUUAACAUAAUUCAAAACAAUGAAGCAAAACUCGAUAGAUUUUUCAACGUGAAAGUUAUUUACUUAAGCAGGAACGGCGGUAAAGUAAAGAAUAAUUUUGAGUGGUUAAGACUAGAAGGAGACGAGGAUAAUCGUCAAAAUGCCAAGGAAUAUAUAAUAGCUCUUACAAAGCCUUCAGAAAGUAAAGUACUUCCUUUUCCUGUGGAAAUGUAUGAUUUUGGUGACCAAGAGUAUUUAGAAUGUAUUGAGAAACAAACAAGAGCUCAUAUUGAGCAAACUGGUUCAGGUUCGGUUAAAAUUCACGGCAAUUCAUUAUCUGUGACACUUGCACUCUCUAUCCUCGAAGACAAAAUUAACAAUUUCAUAAACCGCAAAAAGACGCUUGGAGAUAUUACGAAGCAUCAUGUAGAAGAAAGUUCAGCUGUAUCUUUUCGGUCACCUCUUGGUAAGGCUGCAAAUUCUUCCUUUAUCUAUUCAGAUAAACGUCAUACAGAAAGUGAUCUUCGGACUUGUAUGUUAAACAAGACAGAUGAACAUCACGCGUAUUAUUCAUCUGCAAAUUAUGGAUCUGUUGAAAAAAUGGAAUCUAAUCAUUUUCUCGCGCAAAUGGAUUUAGAGAAAAAUGACACGCCUGACAACGAUGACCUCAGAUACAUUGUGAUUGAUGGGAGCAAUAUUGCCAUGGCGCAUGGCAAUGGAAAGUUUUCUUGUAAAGGUAUUCAGAUAGCUGUAAACUAUUUUGUCCAGAGAGGUCAUAAUGUGAUGGUAUUUGUACCUCAACACAAACUUUGUGCACCUGGCCCCAAUAAUAUAAUACUUGAUCAGGAAAUCUUGUAUCAAUUAAAAGAAAAAGGCCAUCUUGCUUUUACACCUUCAAGGAAACUUCAAGGCAAAUUAAUUAAUUGCUAUGAUGACAGAUUUAUAUUAAGUCUUGCUGAAAGAGAAGAUGGCAUAAUUGUAUCAAAUGAUCAGUACAGAGAUCUGAUGCAAGAAAAAGCAAGUUGGAAAGAAAUUGUGGAAAAACGAUUACUUAUGUAUACAUUUGUCAAGGACAAUUUCAUGCUUCCAGAAGAUCCAUUAGGAAGAGAUGGUCCCAUGCUUGAUGAAUUUUUAAGAAAAAGUCCCAAAGAUGGAAACUGUACACCAAAAAAAAGUUCGCGACCAACAUAUCGGCCUCAGUUUGUGCCUCAAAGACAACUACCACAGCCACAGCUUAACUACCAAAUAUUACGUGGACGCUCCCGAACAAGGCAAGGCAAUAAUGUCCAUUUAGAUUCUUCUAUACGCAGUACAGAAGAAACCCAGAGUCUUUAUCGUGAACUGAAAACCUUAUUUUCAGAAAGAGAGCAAGAAGAAAUAUUGAAAAAAGUCCUGUGUGAUUAUCCUUCUGAAAGAGACAUGAACCGUUUAUCUAACAUCUGUGUUCAAAUGAUAUUUGGAAACUAA